AUGGGAAGGCAGAGAUCUCAUCAUCAAAGACAGUACUCAUCUUCUGAUAACAACAGCAACAGCAACAGCAACGGAAUGUUUUUGGAAAAUGGGAGAUGGCUUCAAUCUGCUGGUCUUCAGCACCUUCAGAAUAACAGCUCUUCCUCCUCCUCUUCUUCUAUCCCUCCUCUUCAGGACUAUAAUUUCUUUGGCGGUGGAGGAGGAGGGCAGGCAUUGAGAAUGUAUCGCAAUGCGCAAAGCAGUUUUACCAGAGGAAAUGAGUUCUAUUCAGAGCCAACAACACCUCCUGUUAGUUCAAGGCCAUCAAGCCAGAGGAAGAAUGGGGAGGACUCUCCAAAUGAGUUCAGUCCUGGCCUCUUAGAUCUGCAUUCUUUUGAUACCGAGUUGCUUCCCGAGUUGCAAGUUCCAAGCCUGUAUGAUGGUUCUUCUCUGUUUCAUCCUGUUCGAGGAAGAAGCUUUGAUGACUCUGACCCCUACAUUUCAAACAACAAGCAAACUGGCAGAGCUCCUGGCUUGCCCGAUAACAACCUCCUGAAAAGCUUUGCUGCAGACAAAGAGAAGACAAGUUCUGUUGCAAAGAUCAAAGUAGUGGUGCGCAAGCGACCAUUGAAUAAAAAGGAACUGGCUAAGAACGAAGAAGAUAUUAUAGACACACACUCCAAUUCUCUGACAGUUCAUGAGACUAAACUUAAGGUUGACCUAACAGAAUACAUUGAGAAGCAUGAAUUUGUCUUUGAUGCAGUGCUGAAUGAGGAGGUCUCGAAUGAUGAAGUUUAUCGGGAGACAGUGGAACCAAUAGUUCCAAUAAUUUUUCAACGGACCAAAGCAACUUGCUUUGCAUAUGGGCAAACAGGAAGUGGAAAAACCUAUACUAUGAAGCCUUUGCCUCUCAAAGCAUCUCGAGAUAUCUUGAGGUUGAUGCAUCAUACUUACAGGAACCAAGGGUUUCAGCUGUUUGUGAGCUUCUUCGAAAUUUAUGGAGGAAAACUAUAUGAUCUCCUAAGUGAUCGGAAAAAACUUUGCAUGAGAGAGGAUGGUAAGCAGCAGGUGUGCAUUGUGGGUUUGCAAGAGUACGGAGUAUCAGAUGUAGAGACAAUUAAGGACCUUAUUGAGAAGGGAAGUGCCACAAGAAGUACUGGCACAACUGGUGCAAACGAAGAAUCCUCCCGGUCACAUGCCAUACUCCAGCUUGCUAUCAAGAGAUCAGUUGAUGGCAAUGAAUCAAAGCCUCCACGCCUUGUUGGCAAGCUAUCCUUCAUAGAUCUUGCUGGAAGUGAACGUGGUGCAGAUACCACAGAUAAUGAUAAACAAACGAGGAUGGAAGGUGCAGAGAUCAACAAGAGUUUACUUGCUUUAAAGGAGUGCAUAAGGGCUCUUGACAAUGACAAGAGUCAUAUUCCUUUCAGAGGCAGUAAAUUAACUGAGGUUCUAAGGGAUUCUUUUGUUGGCAAUUCACGCACUGUUAUGAUAUCAUGCAUUUCGCCUAGCUCAGGAUCAUGUGAACACACUCUUAACACCUUGAGAUAUGCUGAUAGAGUGAAGAGCCUUUCAAAAGGGAAUACUUCUAAGAAGGAUGUAUUAUCAUCAACUUUAAACCUAAAGGAAUCAACUACUGUGCCAUUGUCCUCAGUUUUACCUGUUGCAUCCACAUUUGAGGACGAUGCAAAUGAUGCAUGGGCAGAACAAGAUGAAAGAGAUGAUUUUGAUGCAUCAGAAGAAGACUCUUACGAACAGGAGAAACCGAUAUGGAAGGAGAAUGGGAAGUUUGAACCACACAAUCUUUCCAUUCCAGAGGAUAAAAUACAGAAACCCAAUGGUCAGACAAAGUGGAGGGAUAUGCCAAAAUCUAAUCUUAAGAACUCGCAUUCAGAUAAUGAUUUGAAUUUAUUGCUACAGGAAGAGGAGGAUCUGGUAAAUGCUCAUAGAAAACAAGUGGAAGAGACCAUGAACAUUGUGAGAGAGGAGAUGAACCUGUUGGUUGAAGCAGACCAACCGGGAAAUCAGCUCGACGAUUAUGUUACUAGAUUGAAUGCCAUUCUUUCUCAGAAGGCUGCAGGUAUACUGCAGUUGCAGAAUCGUCUGGCACAAUUUCAGAAGCGUUUGAAGGAGCAUAAUGUUUUAGUAUCUUCUUCUGGCUACUAG